UGCCUGGGGGGCAGAGAAAGGCCCCGACAUGCCUCAGCAGAGAUGGGUCCGACUUUCCACAGAGAAGCCAACAAGCAGCAUUUAUGUGCUGGGUACCGAACUCUCCCUUGACGUCUGUGGGUCAGCCCCUGCAGGUGCCGCUGCUUUUUGUGUUCACAAGACCCUUGGAGUGAACUGUGUCAUCCAUGAUACAAACAUUUUGAAGAUCCCUUCACAGAUAACCAGGUGGCCCUUGGACAUCAGUGUGGAAGUGAUUGUGACCAUGAAUAAAUCCAGCUGGAGAGUCAAUGAUGGCCAGGUGACAAUUUCAUAUUACAAGGCCAAUGAGGGGACACCCAUGGCCACAGCGGUGCUCCAGCUCACUUGCGUAGAGAUUUCCCUGGAUGCCGAUUCAAUCCGCUCAGGAACCGUGACAAAGAAAGUUGAAAAUAAGAAAAAGUGGACGUGGGGCCCAGAAGGCAAAGGAGCCGUCCUCCUGGUCAACUGCGACAGAGACUGGCCCCAGACAAAGGGGCUGGACUGUCAAGAUGAAAAAGUGGGAUCGGAAGAAGACCUCAAAGAUAUGUCCGUUAUGAUUUUGACAACUCGAGGACCUGCUGACAUUUUCAAGAAGUACCAGCUGGUUCUCCACGUCUCGGCAUCUGAAAAUGAUAAAGUGAGGGUCUUUCAUGCUCAGGAGGGAAGGGAGGUGAGCCAAUACCGGGCAGUUCUGGGGCCAAGGAACUCCUCCUACGAGGUGAAGGGUGUCAGAGACCAAGAGGCAGUUUUCUACGUGGAAGGGCUGGCCUUUCCAGAUGUCGACUUCUCAGGGCUGGUAUCCUUCCAUGUCACGCUGCUGGAGAACCCGUCUGAGAAAUUUCCUGCGACUCCCAUUUUCAGCGAUGCUGUGGUUUUCCAUGUUGCCCCAUGGAUAAUGACCCCCAAUACCUUGCAACCAACAAAAGUGUAUGUCUGCAGCAUUAGCGACAGCGAUGAUUUUGUGGACGAUGUGACCGAGCUUGCCCAAAGCAGAGGCUACGACUGCUUGGUGGAAGCUGUGGAAGAACUUCACAGACACAGCGAGCAUGCCAGCGUAGUGGCCGAAGUGUGCAGGCUGGUCAGGAAGACCAACGAUAGGGACUUUGUGGCGGCCGUGAGCAAGCUGGCCAGGGACAGCAAGAACACGGACUUCGUGGAUGCCGUGAAGGAGCUGGCACGCAAGGCUGGCUGCUCCCUGGUCGUCUGCAGGGCAGACAAAAACCACGGAGACCGCUGGAUCCAGGAUGAGAUGGAGAUUGGCUACGUGCAAGCUCCCCACAAAGGGUUUCCGGUGGUCUUCGACUCCCCUAGAAACAGAGAGCUGAAGGAUUUCCCCUUUAAAGACCUUUUGGGCCCAGAUUUUGGCUAUGUGAAACGAGAGCCAGCUGACGAUCAGGUCGCCUCACAACUGGACUCCUUUGGAAACCUUGAAGUCAGCCCUCCGGUGACCGUCAGGGGCAAGCAGUACCCCCUGGGCAGGAUCCUCAUUGGGAGCUACAUCGCCAGGGCAGAAAACAGAGAGAUGUUCAAGGUCGUCCGGGACUUCCUCUAUGCCCAGAAAGUACAGUCUCCCGUGGAACUGGAUUCUGAUUGGCUGGUUGUAGGGCACGUGGAUGAGUUCUUGACUUUUGUUCCCACUCCUGACAGAAAGGGUUUCCGGCUGCUCCUGGCCAGCCCCUCCGCCUGCUACCAACUGCUAAAGGUGAAGGAGCAGGAGGGCUACGGAGAUGCUCUCAUGUUUGAAGGGAAACUGGACAUUUGCCAUCAGGUCAAAAUAAAAAGAAUCCUGGCUGAUCAAGAUUUGGAGGUCAGCAACGAGUAUUUCCAGAAAUGCAUCGACUGGAACAGAGACAUCCUCAAAGAGGAGCUGGGGCUGACUGAGGAGGACAUCAUCGAUAUCCCCCAGCUGUUUACGCCUGAUGAGACUUCUGGCAAAGCUGCUGCAUACUUCCCUGACAUGGUGAACAUGCUUGUCCUGGGGAGGCACUUGGGCAUCCCAAAGCCAUUUGGGCCCGUCGUGAGCCGAGAGUGUUGCUUGGAAAAGGAAGUCCGGCGGCUGCUGGAGCCCCUGGGCUUGUCCUGCACCUUUGUCGAUGACUACAAGGCCUACCACCGAAACCACGGCGAAAUCCACUGCGGCACCAACGUCUGCCGGGAGCCUUUCUCCUUCAAGUGGUGGAACAUGCCGAUGCCUUGA